AUGGAGAGUUGCAGAGAAAGCCUGGGCUGUCCUGGCCAUUUGAUGGGCCUGGGGGAGAACUACGUCUACCCUGUGGCUGGGGUCACAGCCACCACUACCAUGAUGCUGAUGAUUGCCCAUGUGGUGCAGCGGCGAUGGCGUUUACGGGCCACUAAGUUUGAGCAUCCACAGGUGACCACUGACCCCCCUGGACUCUGGAAACAGCGGACCCCGAUCUCAGACCGCACCCUACUCCUCGGUGUCCUGCACGUGCUGGAUGCCCUCCUGGUUCACAUCGAGGGCCACCUGCAGUCUCUAGCCACCCAGCAGCGAACCCAAAUAAAGGGGACUCCCACCGAGAGUGGGUGA